AUGGCCAUGUUUCACCAAUUUGAUGCGGAAGCGAUACUUCAAGUUCCUUUAAGUAGGCGGGUUGUUCAGGAUGGGUUGGUUUGGUCUUUUGCAAAAAGAGGCAGAUAUACUAUCCGGUCUGGGUAUUUUGUGGCAAAGCAAUUAAGGAAGGAUGAGUUAAAUGUUGGGGAGUCUUCAGAGCACAGAGCACUUGGGUUUCUUUGGUCACAUUUGUGGAAAGCAAGGAAUACGGUUAUUCAUGGAGGUGUUUUCCAGCAUCCCUCAAGAUUAGCCCAACGUGCAGUUGACUAUUUGAAGGAGUAUACGGCUGCACAAGACUCUUUGCAUGUGCAUAUCCUGAAUUAUGUUCCAGUACAGCAGACAUGGCAGCCUCCACCAGAAAUGUUUUUCAAGCUAAACUUCGACGAUGCUUGUUUUGAUGAGGGUGCUGCAUCGGGUUAUGGGGCAAUGAUUAGGAAUGAAAAGGGUGACGUCAUGGCUGCUUUAGCGGUACGGGGAGGAGCUAUGCGUGACAAUGAGGAGAUGGAAGUGAUGGCGUGUCGUAAAGAGCUUGAGUUUGCCAUUGAUGCAGGCUUCACAGAGAUAAUACUGGAAGGCGAUAAUGCUUUGGUGAUGAAGAUGAUUUCUCAGGCCAAACCAGAAAGAUCACGACUUGGCUUAAUCUACGAAGACAUUUGGUGCUUGGCUGCAGGUUUCAGGUCCAUCUCUUAUAAUUGUAUUAGGCAUAGUGCUAAUGGUGUUGCUCAUUCUUUGGCUAGGUUUGCUAGAUUACUUGACAAUGAAAUUGUUUGGCUGGAGGAGGAUCCUCCACCUGUUGUGGAUGCUUUGUAUUUGGAUUCUACUUUUCUAAAUUAA